AGUGGUCCUCUAAAGAAUGCAUUCAGAAUGUUCAACAUUUUAACCCAGCUGUCAGUUGUCGAGGAUUCAUGGUGAAGUUUGUGUUGUGAGUGAAAGAAUGGCUUCGUCACGGAAGAAGCAAGAUGAGAAAAACUUAAAGACUCUACGUGAAUUAGGAACUUUACUGCAAAAUAAGUACUGUUUCGAUUGUAAUCAACGUGGACCUACUUACGUGAACGUUACCAUAGGAUCUUUUGUGUGUACAAAAUGUUCUGGAAUGCUACGCGGCAUCACACCACCACACAGAGUCAAGUCCAUCUCGAUGGCGACGUUCACCAACGAGGAAAUUGAUCUCCUGAAGAGCCGGGGCAACGACUACUGCCGGCGGGUCUGGUUGGGUCUCUACGACGGCUCGCCGCCUCUACCCAGCGGCGACGAGCAGGCCAUCAAAGACUUCAUGGUGGAGAAAUACGAGAGGCGCAGGUACUACCUGGACCCGGGGCUCAGCAAACCGGAAGUGACGCCCAACAACACGAGGCCGACGUCAGCGGCGCAGCUAGUUUCGGAACCCAAACCGUUCAAAGCCAACGGCGUGGUCCAGAAUGCGCACAGGACGAGGCCGGAAGUGAACAGGAAUCAUAUAAAUAAUAACAAUAAUAUCAAUGGAUCUGCCGUUUUCGUGGCCGACUUCGAUAAGGCCGAUAUCUUUAGUAGUACGGGCAGUAGUAACAAUUCGCAGUCGUCGAAGGUGCAGAAUGGCACGUCGACGUCGUCCUUUGCAAACUUCGACAACAACCCAGUCUUCAGUAAUACCAGUACAAAUACAACCACCACGAUAGACGACGAGUUCAGCAUAUUCGAUCUAAGCUUUAACGAGAACCAUGGUCCCAUUUUGAACCAAGUGCCUCUUUUUCCAAAAUGCAUCACAAAUCGUUGGAGUACCCCAGCGGCGUUCACUAACAUCAAUAACUGGAACGGUCAUCAGAACGGCACCAACAACUGUCUUAAUGGUUCUUUAAAUAAUACCCUGACAGGUCCCACAGUGCCCGUGCAAGACAAAUAUGCUGCCCUUAAAGACCUAGACAAUGAAAUCAAGUCACAGAAGAAUCUAGAGUGGAGCUCUUCGGGUUCCAAUGGCUCUCUUUACAGUUCCCCAACGCCCACUGGUUCCAUGUACAGUUCACCAUCGCCGCAGAGUUCCAUUUUUGGUUCUCCUAGUCAAGGUCAGUUCCUUAGUGCCUUUCCAGGUGAAAAUGGUACCGCCGGUGUAUCGAAUCCAUUCAGUAAUGGGGGCGUUAACUGGGGUACCAACCUCAAUGGAUUCCAACAGAACCAACCACCUUUUGCGAAUCCUUUUAUGGAUACGGGCAAAAUGAAUGGUUUUUCCCAGGUCUUCCAGCCCAUUGCCCCGUUUCCUAUCAAUACGAUGCCAGUCGCCGUUAACGGGACGAAUGGGUGGGCACAAAAUCCAUUCAAGGUAGGGACCACCGGGAAUGUGAACUCGAAUAAUCCAUUUUUAUGAGAGAUCCAAAGCCGUCGAAAGUGUGCCCUACAAGGAUUUCCUAGUAUAUUUAACUUUAGCCCAUGUUAACUCAUAAUAAAGUGCAUAAUAUAUUAUAUAUCUCUCUAUCCACCUCCUAACUUUGACAGACGAAAGAGUAAUUAUAGCAAAUAUUUUUA